AUGGCAGAAGCACUUCCAGAUUCUGAUUUUUCUGAUGAUGACCAGACUCCAUUAGAUGUAGAAUUCAAUACAGCAGCUAACCAUUUGCGUAAGAUCACUAACAAGUUAGAUAAUAACCAACUUCUUGAACUGUAUGGAUUGUUUAAGCAGGGGACAGAUGGUAAAUGUAACACUCCUAAGCCUGGAUGGUUAGAUGGUCGCGGUCGUAAAAAGUGGGAAGCAUGGAGGGCGCUAGGGGACAUGCCCAGUGAGGAAGCAAAGCAAGAAUACAUUGAUUUAUUACAAAAGUAUGAUCCUGAUUGGUCUGAACUAUCAGACAGUAAAGUGACUGGUGCUAAAGAAGCUUGGGUGGCCGUCUCAUCAUUGCGCUUUUCUCCUGAGCCUGAGUUAGUUCAUGAUCAACUGACAAUACUUGAAGCUGCAAGAGAGGAUUGUGGAGAUCGAAUUGCAAAACUAUUGUCAUCAAAUCCAGAACUGAAACAUGAAAGGGAUGAUGAUGGCUUAACAGCCUUACAUUGGGCUGCUGAUAGAGAUGCCACGGAAGCUUUAAAAGCAUUGAUUGAAUAUGGAUGUCCCAUUGAUGCAGUUGAUGAAUGUGGUCAAACUGCCCUUCAUUAUGCUGCCUUGUGUGGUCACAUCAAAUCUACACAAAUACUGUUAAAUGCUGGAGCAACAUUGCAUGAAGAUGAAGAAGGAUGCACUCCUUUAGAUGUUGCUGCUGAUAAUGAAAUAAGGAAAAUCCUGGAAGGUGCUACGUAG